AUGCGCAGCUCAAUUGUCCUCGCCGCCUCGGCUGCUAGUCUGGUCUCAGCCAACAACAAAUGCAAGGUGCCAAGCGUCGACGUUCCGGCGUGUCCAGCCUGGGGCACGGUGCGCUACAACAGCAGCGUGCCUGACCGCGACGCGUUCCCGGCGACGCAGGUUGAUCUCUGCUACACCGACACGGAGCUCGCCAUCACGUUUACGGCGCGCAACGAGACCAACUUCUACUUUGACCCGAAACAGGGCACCAACGGGGAUAUCUGGGAGUACGAGGUCAUGGAAGCCUUCAUCCACAAGGGCACCGACGACCCGCAGACGUACCUCGAGUUUGAGGUCAGCCCCAACAACGUCACAUACCAGGCCUUUGUGUACAACCCGUCCAAGAACCGCGCCGCGGGCGCGCCGUUUGACCACGCAUUCAUCUCGGACCCAGCCGCCGACGGCUUCUCGGCCAAGACGACGCUGGAUAGGGCCAAGCAGACGUGGGUGAGCGCCGUCAAGAUCCCGCUCGGCCUGUUCAACGUCGACAAGGGCAAGGCCAAGGGGACCAAGUGGCGGAUGAAUUUUUUCAGGACAGUCGUGAGCCCGCAGACGUACCCGGACCAGGGACUGGGGGCGUGGAGCGUGCCAGACAAGGCGAGCUUUCACAUUUCAAAGUUCUUUGGCAAUGUCAACUUUGUCUAG